AUGAUCCGCUCUGCCUCCUUUGGGACUAGCGGGGCUCCCCCCGCCAAGCAGCCCUUCUCCUUCGGCGGCCCCUCUUCUUCGACCACCACAUCACAACCUCAACAAGGCACAGGCACUACUGGAGGCUUUUCCUUCGGAGGAGCAGGUACAGGAGGAGGAGCAAAUCCGAGUACUACAGCGCCGGCAGGAAGCACAGCAGGAGCUCCUUCGUUCUCCUUUGGUGGUGCAAGUACAUCGCAGCCUCAGCAGCAACAACAGCAGCAGCCUGCCAGCACAUUCUCGUUUGGUGGACCCUCGAACACACAGACUCAACAGCCGGGAGCCGGUACGUCCCUGUUUGGAAGUAGCACAUCGACUGCUGCUAAGCCUGGUGGGUUCUCCUUUGGGCAAAGCAGUGCGCAACCCCAGUCCAAUACCGGCACGGGCGGGGGAGGACUGUUUGGGACGACGCAACCUGCAGCUGCUUCUAUCAAUACCGGUCUAGGCGGCUCCCUCUUCGGAGGAGCAGCAGCAGGAGGUUCGUCUGCCCUUUCUGGAUUUGGACAAUCACAACAGCAGCAACAGCAGCAGCAGCAGCAAGGAGGAUCUGCUCUCCUCUCCCAUCCCUUCUACCAGAAGGAACGCUUCAACGAUCUGAGUGAUGAAGCUCGCAAGCUGGUAGAAGAAAUGGACAAGAUGAUCAAUUCUCAAGUCUCGAUACGAGAUGAACUACAGCCCAAGCUUAUCCCCUCCUCCUCUUCUUCGGCCUCGUCCUUCUCGGGACCCGGAGGAAGCUCCUCCCUUGCCCCGCUCGGGCAACAGAUUUCUGCUCUCUAUUCCACCCUUCAUGAAGCGGGACUUGCACUAGCUACACUCGGUUCGUCCCUGGAACGCGAGCUGACUACUGUGAGGAAUCUGGGCUCCACUGUACAGAAUGAUCGGAAUGAUUUGGGUGUCCUUUGGGAGAUUGGAGGGGCCUUCAGGGAUGGAAGGGGAGCUGGAGAUAGUAGAAGGGAUUGGAUGCGAGACUACUUUACAAAAUCAGCCGAAGAGUUCCGCUCCCGUAUCCUCCGCUACAGAGACUCCAUGGAGCAAGUCUCCCGUCACCUAUCCUCUCUAUCCUCUCGGGAUGCCCACUCUCCUCAAGCCAUUUCCGAUACCCUCUAUUUCCAGCAUUCGACAUUUAUGCAAUUGGCUAAUCAGGUGGCGGGGAUUCAUGGAGAGGUAGAGGUGUUGAAGAGGGAUUAUAGAAGUUGGUAUGCACAGCAGUUCCGGAGUGUGAGGGAUCCAUUUGAGAUUGGGGCAGAGGAUGAGAGGGGAGCUCUUUUCGCAUGA